CCAAAGGCCACCUCCAGGGCCACCAACCUCCAGGGCCACCAAAGCCCACCUCCAGGGCCACCAAAACCCACAUCCAGAGCCACCAAAGGCAACCUCAAGAGCCACCUCCAGGGCCACCAAAGGCCACCAAAGGCAACCUCAAGAGCCACCUCCAGGGCCACCAAAGGCCACAUCCAGAGCCACCAAAGGCCACCAAGGGCAACCUCAAGAGCCACCUCCAGGGCCACCAAAGGCCACCCCCAGGGCCACCCGAGCCACCUCGAGGGCCAGCAGCAGCGGGCGGCCAUGAACUCGUCGGGCUACGAGGACGCGGCGCUGGCGGAGGACGCGGAGGAGCUGCCGGCGGCGGAGAAGGAGCUGGCGGAGGACGCGCCCUGGAAGAAGAUCCAGCAGAACACGUUCACGCGCUGGUGCAACGAGCACCUCAAGUGCGUCAACAAGAGCAUCGGCGACCUGCAGCGCGACCUGGGCGACGGGCUGCGCCUCAUCGCCCUGCUGGAGGUGCUGAGCCAGAAGAAGAUGGGCAGGAAGCACCACCCCAGGCCCAACUUCCGCCAGAUGAAGCUGGAGAACGUCUCGGUGGCGCUGGAGUUCCUGGAGAGGGAGAGGAUCAAGCUGGUGUCCAUCGGUGGGUGCUUGUGGGGUGUGGGGCUGGAUGUGGGGCUGGGAU